GCCCGCGUGUGACACCAAUCUACCUGGGAUUCUAGAUUCCUCCCUCUGCAAAACUCAUCCUUUCUGGGACCUUCUUGGACCUGUGACUUCCUGUGGAUACCUGGGUCUUAGCCAUGCCUUUCACAACGCCAGCCCCUUCGAACAAGAGGAAGAAGAGCAACAAGAUCAUCACGGACCUGUCCAACAUCAGCCAGAAUGCAGAUGAAGAGUCAGACAGUGAGACCCCCGAGUUCGACUUGGGCACCAAGAUCCAGACGCCUAAGGAUCUGAUGCUGGAAGAGCUCUCCCUGCUCAAGAACAAGGGCUCCAAGAUGUUCAAGAUGAGGCAGCAGAGGGUUGAGAAGUUCAUCGUGACCACUAACCUUCAGAACCUGCUGAUGUCCCCUCCCCCUAUUCCACCGAAGCCUGAGCUCCGCAAAGAAGUGGUGGAGGUGGAAGUGGAUGAGGAGGCAGAGAAGGAGAGGAGGAGGAAGCAGUAUGUACGGACCUACAUAUCACCAUGGGAACGGGCCAUGAAGGGCAACGAGGAGCUGACAGUGACGAUGAAGGGCGUCAUGCCGGGACCCAUCCAGAUCCACCCAGAACUGCCCCAGUUUAAGAGCUUCAACAGGAUGGCGCUGCCAUAUGGCGGCUAUGACAAGGCGUCCAAGAUGCUGACCUUUGAGAUGCCAGAGAUCAAUGUUGCCACCGAGGAGCCGGAGCCGGUGCCCACUCUGCAGGCCAACAUCCGCUCACGCCCCUCGUUCAACCGCACGCCCAUCGGCUGGAUCUGCAGCGAGGACAACUCACACAUCCACAUGGACGUGGACGACAUGGCCUUCGACGGAGAGACGGACGACCUGUGAACACACGCGGACAGAGACACGCUUACAACACUCAUGGCCUGAAACACACACAAUACAAUAAAAAGAACACAACCCUUAUAUGAGGGCAGACUCUCAUUUAUGCCACACCAGCGCUGAUAAAAUGGUUUAAGCUCCGGUGGUCACAUGUCGAAAUGUACUUUAACUGCAUGGAAAAGAAAUGAGCAAAGGAAAAUAAUGCCCCGCCCUCUCUCCUGCGUGCUUUCUUACUAUAUGAUGCUGUACACUGUGAGUUCAUGUGAGGCCUGUGUGUUCAGAAACAGAAAAGCACUCUGCACUCUUAAAAACAAUGUAUUUAUGCAAUAAAGUUCCCCCUUUACAGA